CAUGGCGCUCUGCUUUCCAGAAGGGGCAGUGAGUUUGGGCUCCUAGUCUCCGGAAGGUUUCAUUUGGAGUUUCUACAUAAGCACUGACCCUGAGGUUAGUGAGAAGCGCCGCCGGAAUGUGGAGGCCCUGACUCAGGGCCAAGAAACGAAGUCGGAAACAGGAACGUGUAUGAAGGGAAAGGAGCCAGGCGCCUUGGAAAUGCUUUUCAAGGAUGGCAACUGAUCUAGGGAUGUUUCUCCGAAGACGGGCGGAUAAGUGAAAUAGUCUCCCCUGCGACAGCGUGGCAAGAAGGACAAAGACUUAGUUCUGAGACCCCGGGCACAAUGACUCAAGCAGAAAUUAAACUGUGCUCUUUAUUGCUGCAAGAGCAUUUUGGUGAGAUUGUAGAAAAAAUUGGAGUCCACCUAAUCAGAACUGGCAGCCAGCCUCUUAGAGUAAUUGCCCACGACACGGGAACAUCACUGGACCAGGUGAAAAAAGCCCUUUGUGUCCUCAUCCACCAUAACCUGGUGCUGUAUCGUGUGCAUAAACGCAGUGUGGUGGAGUAUGAAGCCCAGUGCAGCCGGGUAUUGCGAAUGCUUCGGUAUCCCCGGUACAUCUAUACUACCAAAACGCUGUACAGUGACACUGGAGAGCUGAUUGUUGAGGAGCUCCUGCUGAAUGGCAAAAUGACAAUGUCAGCUGUUGUGAAGAAAGUCGCAGACCGACUCACAGAGACCAUGGAGGAUGGCAAGACCAUGGACUACGCUGAGGUAUCGAAUGCAUUUGUGCGACUGGCAGAUACUCACUUCCUACAGCGCUGCCCCCUGGCUCCUGCCACUGGCAGUUCUGACCCUGGGCCACCACCACCUGCCCCAACCCUUGUCAUUAAUGAGAAGGACAUGUACCUGGUUCCUAAACUGAGCUUAAUAGGAAAAGGUAAGAGGAGAAGAUCAUCUGAUGAAGAUGCUUCUGGGGAGCCCAAGGCCAAGAAAACAAAAUACACAGAUAACAAAGAGCCCAUUCCAGACGAUGGGAUUUAUUGGCAAGUCAAUCUUGACAGAUUCCACCAGCACUUCCGUGACCAAGCAAUUGUGAGCGCAGUUGCAAACCGAAUGGAUCAGACAAGCAGCGAGAUUGUGCGGACAAUGCUCCGCAUGAGUGAGAUAACCACUCCCUCGAGUGCCCCGUUUACCCAGCCACUGUCCUCCAAUGAGAUCUUCAGGUCCCUGCCUGUUGGCUACAACAUCUCUAAGCAAGUCCUCGAUCAGUACCUCACACUGCUGGCUGAUGAUCCACUAGAGUUUAUUGGAAAGUCUGGUGACAGCGGAGGAGGAAUGUAUGUCAUCAACCUCCAUAAGGCAUUGGCAUCCCUAGCCACUGCGACUCUGGAGUCUGUCAUCCAGGAGAGAUUCGGGUCUCGAUGUGCCAGAAUAUUCCGUCUGGUAUUGCAGAAGAAACACCUGGAGCAGAAGCAGGUGGAGGACUUUGCCAUGAUUCCUGCAAAGGAGGCUAAGGAUAUGCUGUAUAAGAUGCUCUCAGAGAACUUCAUAUCACUCCAGGAAAUCCCUAAAACCCCAGACCAUGCCCCAUCCAGGACCUUCUAUCUGUACACUGUGAAUGUGCUGUCGGCUGCCAGAAUGCUGUUGCACAGGUGCUAUAAGAGCAUAGCCAACUUGAUAGAAAGGCGGCAGUUUGAAACGAAAGAGAACAAGCGGCUACUAGAAAAGUCUCAGAGGGUGGAAGCCAUCAUUGCAUCAAUGCAGGCCACAGGUGCAGAGGAGGUGCAGCUUCAGGAGAUAGAGGAGAUGAUCACAGCCCCUGAGCGCCAGCAGCUGGAGACUCUGAAACGCAACGUUAACAAGUUGGAUGCCAGUGAGAUCCAGGUAGAUGAAACGGUCUUCUUGCUGGAGUCGUACAUCGAGAGCACCAUGAAGAGACAGUGACCCAGAAGAAGCAGUGCUGGGAUCCAGCUUUCACACACUAGUCACCUGCUGUACCACUGAGCUAUAUCUCCAACCGGAAACCAGCAUCCUCCCAAAAGAUCCAGGAGAUAGGGAAAAAAAGACAAAGGAGGUGCUUGGAUGCAUUCUUUGUAGUGGGAUAAGUUGCAGAUUUUUAUUUUUAUUUUAUUUUUUGUUUGUUUGGUUUUUUAGGUUUUUCAACACUGGGUUUCUCUGUGUAACCUUAGCUGUCCAUGAUACACCAGAGUUUGACAUAUUUUGUAAACUUUGUUAAUAGACUCAUAUCCAUCACUAUAUUCUCUCAUCAGAUCUUCACAGUGGGAGGAACCUAAAUAAAUGAGAUUAAUCAUAAA